ACUUCUUUUCCUCAGAUUACCAUUCCCUCCCACUUCUCCCUUGGCGCCACUUUUUUUGAGACCAGAAUCCAAACCAGGUGAUAUCAUAGAACCUGUGCCCAGAAGACAGAAAGAUAGGGCCGAUUUGGAAGGCGAAGCGUCGGUCGCCAGCCUAAAAAAAUUCCAGGAAUGGUGUCACCAGAUAAAACUCCAAAUGAAAGAAGUCAAUUUCCGCCAUGUCCAUCUUCUAUACCACCAAAUGCCAUCCCUGACGUGGUUGAGUCUGACCAUGAAAAGCGAAUUGUGAUGGCCAGACCUAGUUUUGGAAGUGAAGGCAGGCAUAUACAACUUCUGACAAACUACUUCACCGUUAACUUUAACAUUCAGGAUCAGUUUUUCUACCAAUACAAUGUUUCUAUAAAAUCUAUUGAUAAUCUUGCAGUGGAAGGAAAGAGUAUUGGAAGAAAGGUCAUGGACAGGCUAUGUCAGACUUGUAGUUCAGAGCUCGGUGGAAAAGAAUUUGUAUAUGAUGGAGACAACUUGUUCACUGUUGGGCCUCUUCCUUGUAAUAAUUAUGAUUUUAUUGUUGUGUUGGAAGAAUCAUCUAGAGUUCCUUGUGGAUGCCCUGGUGGUGAGAGCCCAUCUUCUGACACUCGCAAGAAGCUCUCUAAACACUCACUCAUUGUAAAGGAACUUAGUGUUCAGAUAAGGUAUGCAACCAAGGUCCCAUUAAGUGAAUUUUCACCGUUUCAUGGGGAAACUGAGACAGACCAUAUACAAGAUGCUUUAAGAGUUCUUGACAUGAUUCUGAGGCAGCAGCAGGCAAGAAGGGGAUGCCUGCUUGUAAGGCAAUCUUAUUUUGAUGGUGAUCCUGCAAACGUAACUGAUUUGGGUGGUGGCAUUACUUUUUGCCGAGGAUUUCAUUCUAGUUUUCGCACAACCCAUGGCGGCCUAUUCUUAAACAUGGAUGUUUCUAACACUAUAAUCUUGAAACCCGGUCCAGUUAUUGACUUCUUAAUUGCAAAUCAAAACAUUCGGAAUGCUAAAGAGGUUAAUUGGGCCAAGGCUAAGAGAACUCUGAAAAAUAUGAGAAUCAAAACUAUACAUACUAAUCUGGAAUUCAAGAUUAUAGGGCUGACUCCACUUCCUUGCAGUCAACAAACAUUUGUAUUGAGAGGUAAAAUUGAUGAUGGAAAGGAUCUUCCAGUAGAAGUGAAUGUUUUCAAUUAUUUUAAAGAGAAGCGAAUCGAACUGACAUGGUCAUCUUCUCUGCCUUGUCUUGUUGUUGGAAAGCCAAAGCGCCCCAUUUACCUUCCUAUAGAGCUAUGCAAUCUCAUAUCAUUACAAAGGUAUACAAGGGCCAUUUCUUCUCAAUUGAGAGCAGCAUUGGUUGAGAAGUCUAGACAGAAGCCCCAGGAACAAAUAAAAGCUGUGACUAAUGCGUUUCAAAAAAAUCAAUAUAAUGAUGAACCAUUGAUUUCGUCUUGUGGGAUCACAAUUGAGAAGCAGCUAGCCCAGAUAGAUGGUCGUAUUCUUAAUGCUCCAACACUUAAGAUUGGUAAUGAGGAAGACUGUUUUCCUAAGAAUGGCCGUUGGAACUUCACUAACAAGAAGUUAUUGAAAGCAAAACAGAUUGAAAGUUGGGCAAUUGUAAAUUUUUCCGCUCGAUGUGAUCUAAGUCACCUAUCUCGUGAAAUGAUCAAUUGUGCAAGGAAAAAAGGAAUUAUUAUUAAUCGCCCAUUCACAAUUAUUGAGGAAAAUCACCAAUUUGUUCGAAUGGAGCCUGCAGUUAGAGUUGAAAAAAUGUUUGAAGAGGUUAUAAAAAGGUUUCCUUGUCCUCCACAGCUUCUUCUGUGCGUUCUUCCUGAAAAAAAGAAUUCUGCGAUUUAUGGACCAUGGAAGAAAAAGAAUCUGCAUGAAAUGGGUGUAGUUACUCAAUGUGUUUCUCCUGCAAGGAUCACUGAAAAUUACUUGAAUAAUGUUAUUUUGAAGAUCAACACUAAGCUUGGUGGUAUAAAUUCUCUUCUUGCGGUUGAGGCAAAUCCAAGUAUUCCUUUAGUAACUGAUGUUCCUACCAUGAUUGUGGGGAUGGUCGUCUCUCAUGGAUCUCUAGGGCUGGCCGAUCUCCCAUCUGUCGCAGCAGCAGUUGGUUCUAGAAAUUGGCCAUUAAUUUCCAGGUAUAGCGCAUCCGUGAGGACGCAGUCUGCAAAGAUAGGAAUGAUAAACUCUUUAUAUAAGCCUUUAUCAAAUGGAGAGGACGAUGGAAUGAUGAGGGACCUUUUACUUCAAUUUUAUGAUUCAAGCGGUGGCAGGAAGCCGGCUCAGAUAAUCAUUUUUAGGGAUGGUGUAAGUGAAUCAAAGUUCAGUCAUGUCCUAAAUAUUGAGCUGGAUCAAGUCAUCAAGGCAUUUCAACAUUUAGGUGAAGGCCCAGUUCCAAAGUUUACCGUAAUCAUAGCACAAAAGAACCAUCAUACCAAACUUUUCAAAGCUGAUUCUGCUGAAAAUGUUCCUCCCGGUACUGUUGUGGACACAAGGAUUGUUCACCCAAGGAAUUAUGACUUCUACAUGUGCUCUCAGGCGGGAACAAUUGGUACCUCAAGGCCAACACAUUAUCAUGUUCUUCUUGAUGAUAUUGGCUUUAGUCCUGAUGAUCUUCAGAACCUUGUGCAUUCACUCUCCUAUGUAUAUCAAAGGAGUACAAGCGCGAUUUCCAUCGUUGCUCCAAUCCGCUAUGCACAUUUAGCUGCAAAUCAAAUGUCUCAUUUCAUCAAACUAGAAGACUUCUCAGAGAAUUCGAGUCAAGAUGGUGAAGCGGGGGAAUGUGUUAUUCCCGAGAUGCCUAGAUUGCACGAGGAUGUGCUGGAGUCUAUGUUCUACUGCUAAUAUAAAGCAGAUUGGUCAACAAACUUUCAAGUAAAGUGAGGUACUAAAUAGAUAAUUGAUCCACAUAUAUUUAAUUUUUUGAGGAGAUGAUGCUUAAGGCUUUAGACACCUUAGGAUAAAUAGGUGCUUUCGGAUCCACUUCAGUUAGCAGGCAAAAACAGCUCUGUUUUUUCUUAAAAAAGUUUUCAAGCUUGCUAGGCUUGUUGCAGACAAGAUAUGGAGCUUGUUUUGCAAUGCAAGACUUUGCUCCAAGUUUAUUUAUUUGAACGGUUCAGACUAAUGAAAAUCUGAAUGUGGAUCUAUUCUAUUUAAGGCAUAACUUUUCUACUUGGAAGUGGAAGGUAUGUGCAAAUUAAUGGAAGAAACUUGGUUUCUUAGGACUUGAUUUAAGGCGUAACUCUUCCUCUUUAUUUUUAAGGCAAUGGAACUAUAAUGUGCUUGAAGGAUCAAUGG